CAAACCAUACACCACCUGCACUGAUACCGACACCCACCUCAACCAGAUCGACAUGUACGCCACCAAUGCCGGACCAUUCACCGGAAUCAUGCCGGAGAAGAGGAAACGAGUCAUGGUCGUUGUCGAUCAAUCCAUUCAUUCCAAACACGCCAUGCUCUGGGCCCUCACACAUGUUGCCAAUCAAGGAGAUAUGCUCACUCUCCUCCAGAUUCAAACCACCCCUAAUUUUCACAAAGACAUAAACCCUCCUCCUUCUUCUUCUUCUUCUUCAUCCGCUCCGGAUAAUCUACUCGUUACCUUAUUAGGCGCAUUAUGUAAAGCCUGUAAACCAGAGGUGGAAGUGGAAGCAUUGGUGAUUCAAGGAGGACCGAAGCUGGCGACAGUGGUGAGUCAAGUGAAGAAGCUAGAUGUGUCGGUAUCAGUGCAGGUGGUGUAUGGUUUGGUCCAUCAGAUUCGCAAAAUCAAUAUGCAAAGAAUUAGAAUAAAAGAUCAGAGAUAG